CUCUGGUAUUUUGCUUUUUUGCAUUGAUGUUGGACGUUCAUUGGAAUUGGUCUUGGAAUUGGUUGAGUCGUUGAAUUCGGUUGCUUUUGGAUACGUUUGGUAUAUUUAGGUGGACCCGGGGGGCUGAAGAUGGAAAAAUUAAUAAAUAUAACUAAACAGUAUUCUAAUUUGUGAAUAUAGUGACAACAACAAAUGUGAAAGUGCUAAGCAAAUAGCGGUGUAAUGUUAUUCAACUGAAGUAUAUAGAUCACUGUGGGAAGUAAAAUCAAUAAAAUUUAAAAAUAACUUUAUACAAUAAUAAAGGAAAAAAGAAACUAAAAUCAGUGACUGGAUGUAUUGCAGUUUAUUGUUUACACUAAUACCUUAAUCAACUAUAUAGUGGGCAUAUUCGCCAACCUCCAAAAGUAAACUACACAUAUUUCUUUUGGCAUGACGCAAACACCAUCUGGCUCCGGCGGCCCCAAUAUCAGCAAUUUGAUGACGACAAGCAGUACACCAAUACGCAUUGGUAGCAGUUCAGCUUCAGUUGCGACUCAGCAUGCAAUGACCGGAAAUGACUCAUCUUCCCCGGGUGGUGGAGGCAGUGCGGGUGCUGCGAAUUCAGCCGUGCCUCAAUCAAGCAGUGUACCAACUGGUGCAGCCGAAACACUGCGCCAGCACCUGCAAAGUCAAAUAUCGCUGUCUAUGGGAGCAUCCAAUCAAUCGUUGGGUGUCAGCGCCGGUGCUGUAGGUGUUUCAAGCAUAACUCCGCCUAAUAGUGCAGGAUUGCGGCAAACUGGAGGACUUGCCAGUUGGGCAACAGAUAGUCGUGACAAGUACGAUGGCAAUCAAACAGAAAAGACGCCAGGUGAUCCUUCUAAGCUCAAUCGAAAGGAAUCCUACAAAGCGCAGCGUAAAAAUUAUCGCCGUGAAAAGAAGCGUGUUGCGUCUGAAUUGCUGAAUUCGCUGCAGGAUCCCACAGUCGUGGUGUUGGCAGAUUGGCUCAAGGUACGCGGUACACUGAAAUCAUGGACAAAACUAUGGUGUGUACUAAAACCGGGCAUGAUGCUGCUCUACAAGAGUCCCAAGCUGAAGAGUAGCCAUUGGGUUGGCACCAUAAUGCUGACAUCAUGUCAAGUCAUCGAACGGCCGAGCAAGAAAGAUGGAUUCUGUUUUAAGCUUUUCCAUCCACUAGAGCAGUCGAUAUGGGCUCCACGCGGACCAGACAAGGAGACAAUAGGCGCAGUUGUUCAACCCUUACCAACCGCUUACCUGAUAUUUCGUGCACCCAGUCAGGCGGCUGGUAAAUGUUGGAUGGAUGCACUGGAACUCUCCUUGCGCUGUUCGGCAUUGCUAUUGCGUUCCAAUAGCAGCAUGGGCGCUGUACAGGGUACCAGUGUCAACGAUAGUGCGCAAAUAUCGAAUGAGACACAGUGGUCAGAAGCCGAUUAUGAGAAGCAUUUCAACGAUCAUGAUCUGGAUGGCGACAGCCAAAAUGAAGGUGGACCAGCUGCUAUGUCAGGAGUAGAUACCGAAUCUGAAUCAGAGCCAGAAGCCGUGGUCGAGGAAGAGCCCGAAACACCAUAUGUGCCACUCACUGAAGAAGAGUUCGGCUCUGUCGGUGAGCAGGUCGAGGAGCUUGCAGAGGAAAAUAAAAGUUUAAUCUGGAUUUUAGUGAAGCAAGUGCGACCAGGCAUGGAUCUAAGCAAAGUAGUUUUGCCGACAUUCAUACUCGAACCACGCUCAUUUUUGGAUAAAUUAUCGGAUUCAUAUUAUCAUGCAGACAUCUUGUCAAGGGCCGUAAUCGAAGAUGAUCCAUUCACGCGUAUGAAAACUGUAGUUCAAUGGUACCUAUCUGGUUUCUACAAAAAGCCCAAAGGCUUAAAGAAGCCAUACAAUCCCAUAUUGGGCGAAACGUUCCGUUGUUACUGGGAGCACCCGAAUGGUAGCCGUACAUUUUAUAUCGCUGAACAGGUGUCGCAUCAUCCGCCUGUGUCAGCUUUCUAUGUGACAAAUCGUCAGGAAGGUUUCUGCAUCAGUUGCUCCAUCUUGGCUAAAUCGAAGUUCUAUGGCAACAGCACAUCUGCUGUAUUGGAGGGUGUUGCCACACUCACGUUGUUGCCACGUGGCGAAACGUAUACAUUGAAUACGCCAUACGCCCAUUGUAAGGGCAUUCUCGUGGGUACGUUGUCCAUGGAGCUGGGCGGCAAAAUUACCAUUGAGUGCGAGAACACCGGUUACAAGACGGAACUGGAAUUUAAGCUGAAACCAUUCCUUGGCGGUUCAGAUUAUACCAACUUGAUAGCGGGUAAAAUAAAGUUGGGCAAGGAAACAAUGGCUACUAUCAGUGGACACUGGGACACAGAAAUGACAAUCAAAGAGGCGAAGACUGGAGAAGAGUCUAUACUAUUUAAAGCCGAUCCAGAUACAAAACAAAAACGUUUAGUGCGCUAUGUUGUGCCACUGGAAGCACAACUACCUAAUGAAGCUGAACGAUUGUGGGAGAAAGUAUCUUUAGCGAUUCGAAAUGAUGAUCAGGUGGGCGCAACAGAGCAAAAGACCGUGUUGGAAGAAGAGCAACGCAACUCGGCAAAGGAACGAAAGCUUACUUUAACAGAUUGGGAGCCAGUGCAUUUCCACUUUGAUCCACUAACAGCACAGUGGGUAUACAAGUAUGCAGAUUUGCGGCCAUGGGAUCAGCGUAACGAUGUGAAGCAAUACGAGUCUAAUUACAAAGUAUUGACGAAGACACGCCAUCGGGCACCAAUGGUGCGUAACCCGAGCAUCGUCACUGGUGAUCCGAUGCAGUUAAUUAAAUCAUCUUCUCUAUUGAAGGUUAAACACAAAAGUCGUUCCAUUUUGGCGCUAUCACACGAGGAUGACAAAUCUGAUUCCAGUUUAUCGAAUCCGGACUUGGGCAAACUGCCAAGCAAAGCAUCAAGCAAAACGCUAAAAAGAUUGGCAUCCGCAAUCGAAAAAAUGAAUAAAACGUUGGAAGAACACUCACAACAACUACGUGCGAUUCAAGCAAAUUUAGACAGAAUGCAGUAUCAUCCCAAACUGCGUGCACCAACUGGUGGACGUUUUGCCAACAUUGUGCCGCGUACUGUGCCCCAAACGGUGGUUAUUAAAUCAGUGGUUUAUGCAUUCAUUGGAUUAGCCGUCUGCUUUAUUUUCAAAUGGAUGUUUAAGUAAAUAUGUAGUGUUGCGACAUUUCGCUUGGGGUUGAUAAUUUUUUAAAGUCAGUGGAGGGGAAAGCACGCCAAGCGUAAGAUGAUUCACAUAGAUACACAUAAACGCCUACAAAUCGUGUAUUCGCUAACUUUAAAACCUGUUUUAAAGUAAUAUUUAAUUAUAGUAUAACCUAAACUUGAAUUAUGUAUGAUAAGCUAUUUUAAAUGCUUUUUUUGAAUUUCUAUGUUUAGAAUGCAAACUGUUAAUGAAAAUAAACAGCGUAAAAGUUACUUUUACACAUUAACUAUAUGUAUGUUUAUACUUUCAUAAUUGAAGCUAAAUAUAUUCGUUUAUUAUGGCGAGGGCUCUCAAUUUCGGUAACGCUAAAGUUUUUCGAUUAAAUUUUCAAAUCUAAAUUUUACUGCACGUUAUCUCGUAAAUCGCAAAAUUUGAAGAUUGGCUACUGUGGAAACGGUGAAUUGAAAACGUAAAUUUGUUUUAAAUCGCAAACCGCAAAGUUAAAAGGAAAUGGUAGCCUUGCUGUAUGUACUAAUAUAUAAUGUGUGAAAUGAUAUGCGGGGCUGAUAAUCUGCUAAGUUAGUUGUGUAAAAAUAAGUCGUAAAUGUUGUGUUUUUUUUUCUAUUCAAUACUUGUCGUAACGCAGCUUUUCAGCUUGAACUAAGAACUCAUGGUACCAGGUCGUACUUGAACACCACAUAAAUAUAUUCUCACGUUAAUAUUAUAAAAAGUGCAAAAAAAAAAUACUUUAGUAAAAACAAGCUUUCCGGGACAUUAAUGAAAGUUGCCACCCCGCAAGAAAUCCAGAACAAUCCAGUAUUCUAUCCUUCAAAGGAUUUCCCUUAAAUAUAUUUCAUGAAUAUAACUUAUAAAAUGCUGUAACAGCGCAUAUAGUUUUGCUGGCAGGCAUACACUUUCAGUACGACCUGUGAAGUCUCUUCACAUAAGCACAUGAGAAAAUAUUGCUUUUGUUGUGUCCAAGUUGGGCUUGGACUUAAUAUUCAUACCUAAAAAACUUAAUUUCCUUAAACUAUAUAUGUAUGUUCUUUAUGAAAGUUACAUACAUAAGUACAUAUAAAUUUGUGUCCUUUAUAAAUACUAAAAGUAGUUUUUGUCUGAAUUAUUAUCUAUUGCCUCAAAAAUUGUCAAAUCUGAGUUGCAAUAUAAAAAAGUAAGUUAAAAUGUAAUCAGCAUUCGUCUUUGAAAGCUAAAUUUUAAUUAGCUCAUUUUUAUUUUUCUAUUUAAUGUGUUUCAUUGAGCCAUAUGAAUAAGAACUAAGCAAUUGCUUAUUCUUAAAAUUUCAGUCCUUUUACUUAAAUUUAUUUGUAUAAAUCGCGUAAAAGGUCUGAAAUUUUAAGAAUAAGCAAUUGCAUAGGUUUUAUUCAUACGGCCUGUAUGUAUGUAUGUAUCGUGUCGUGACUUGAUAUCAACGAAAUAAGACAAUUAAUUGUAAUGUACGCUAAAUUAUUUAUAGCAUCAUUUUUCCAAUUAUAGCACCGAGCAACAAAUGUUCCAUAAACUUUAUUGGCCACAUAGCGCACUAUAUAAAAACACAUGUUGCAUAACGGAAUGUUGUGCAAUUUUUUUCCAGCAAUGAAAUUAUAGCACCUUCACAAAUCGAUUGACACAAAUUCGCUUAGAAGCCACAAUUAAAGAAUAGGCAUUAUUGCUAUGUACGCUAACUAUUAUGUAAAAAAAAAUUAUAUAAAAAAAUGUAAACGAAAUCCAUACUUUCGUAAGUAAGAACACAAAUGCUGUUAACAUUUCAAGUCCAAUAAACGAACUCUACACUUUA